AUGGCCGCGCCGAACGAGGGGCCACCCGAGCUGGCCAACGACACCGAGUCUGCGCUCCAGUCGGAUCACGACCAGACACCAAGCGCCUCGCCUCCAGUGGACCACCCGUUGUCACGCCCGGAAACCCUCUCCGACGCUGCACCGCUCUCAUCCCACCAGCUUGAGUCGGUCUUUCCUGCAUCGCUCCCCACCGAGCAGGCGGCCACAACGCUACAGCCCUCGGCCGAGACACCCACCCCGCCUAACAUCGAACCAGUGCCCGAGCUCCCCACAGACGUCCAGGAAGAGAUCGAGGAUGACCUUGUACAAAGACUGCGAGCCAACACCAUCUCGGCACAGUUGGCAACUGGAAUUGACUCGGAACUCAAUGCUGCGAUCCAGUCGACUCAACACUUGUCGUAUGUCAAGGAACUUGAAGCCAAAUAUGCCGCCAACCAAGAAGCGCUGCGCUCCUUGCUCUCCACCAUCACGCGCGAGAAGGAGAACUUGGCUGUUGAAGUUCGCAACCUGCAGCGGCAACUUCAGCUUGCUAGUGAUGAUGCGGCGCGCAUCCACGAAGCCCACUUUGAGCAGACGCGACGCCUUCGUGAGCAGGUUGAUCUCUUGCAGAGACAAAACGCAAGCCAGAAGCGAGCUGGGUUUCGACUGCGCAGACGGUGGACCAAUCAGAGCGCCGACGCCUCCCCUACCGACUCGCCGACUCAGCUGGACAAUGCUCAAGAAUCCGCACGCCAAGAGUCUGACCUGAUUCGAGCUCUCAUCGAGCCACUCGAGCACGAAGUGGAGUUUCUGCGGAAUCGCCUCUCCGCCACCGCCCUGGCCUCUAGCCAAGAGGGUGCUGCUCAGUCGUCCGGGGCGUUGGAAUCUCGGCUGGAAACAGAAAAGAUUCGCUGCUCCGACCUGGAGACAGAGCUGGAUGUGCUCAAGACACAGCGGCAAGUGCUGCGUCGGGAACUGGACAUGGCGCAGCUCGAGUUUAAGAAUUUAGAGACGGAGCAUGCCGAACUCAAGACGACGUGGCACGAGGCCAACGAGAGCUUUCUGCAUAUCCAGCGUACUCUUGAAGAAGAAAAUGACCGCUUGCGCAUUCGAGCUGGUGAGACGAAUCGCACGGUUGAUGAAGAGGUGGCUCUUCUCGAGGCCAAAUUGGAGGAGGAACGGCAGACGCAUGUUCACAUUACCGACCGCCUCAAGCGUCAACUCGCCGAUAUGAAGGAACAGUAUGAGGCAAGCACGGCUGCUGCUCGAAGCCAAUGGCAGCAGCAGGAGGCUGAGCUUCGCGCCGAGCUGAGCCGCCAGCAGAUGGAGCUCAAAACCUUUGAGGAGCAGGUGCACACGUUGCGCGCCAACAGCGGAGCCGCAGAUCCCAACACCUCCAUCCGCUCCGAUGCCAGCUUUCGUGCGUCACAGGAAAUGAACAACGAGUACGAAUCGCGCCUCGUGCUCAUGCAGGAGCGCCUGCAAGCUGCCCAGGCCAAGGAAGCAGAACUUCACCUUGAGUUUGACCGUGAACGCAAGACCAUGGCCAAGGAAGCCGCAGUGCAAGCACAGCGCCACCAGGCCAACCUCACCCGCUGUCUCCAAGCGCAAGUGGCUUUUGCCGAGGAGAGCGUCGUAUCGUUGCCAGCGCGACUGGAUGCGGCUUCUGACACGGCGCAGCAGUUGGAAGCCAUGCUUCACGAGUACAAGGAUGAGUUUGACCGCACAGAUCGGGCCAAGUUUUCAGAAACCAAACGCCUUCGCAAGGCACUGACAGGCUUCGAACAGUUCUUUGCCAAACUCAAUUCGGCUGGCCAGCUUGACCAACCAAUCACCAAACAAGAUUUGCUUGAUACGUUGCGUGAAGAGGAUGAGAAAACAAUGGCACUCAAGGAGCAGGUUGCAAAGUUGACGCAAGAGCUCGAGUCGCGCGAUGCCCUGCAGGGCCGCUGCGAUAAGCUAGAAAAGGAUCUUGAACUCUCGCAUGAGGUGACCGUGGAACUCACGACCAAGCUGCAAGUCCUCGAGGUGAGUCUGUGCAAUUCAGACCGCGCGUCGGCAUGCCACCAGCAAGCAGCCUGUUCCCCCGCCUCAGUUGACGGUCUUUGUUGCGCCAGCAAUCUACGGCUGAUCUUCGACAGCAGCUGCAAGCUCAAGAAGUGGAGCUGCAAGCCCAGCGGAGUCGGAGCAACACCAACACACACACGUCUCGCAUCGUGCUCGUCUUCUCCGGCCGAGGGAAUGGCAUUGCCGCCUGCCGUGCUCAAGGUUGCCCAAAACGCCCAUGCUGCUCACUCUAGCGCCGACAACAUGAGCGCACCGGUGAUUGUUGGCUCUGUGUGUGUGUGUGUGUGUGUGUGUGUGUGUGUGUGUGUGUGUGUGUGUGUGUGUGUGUUCUGCUUCCACCACUACCGUCCAUUCGAAACCCCUGACCCCGGGCCGGCUUUGCUCAACCCCCCAUCGUGCAUUCUAUUCCUGUAG